AUGACCCCUAAAAUCGGCCUCAUCAUCUGCAGCCAGCGCACUCCUCGCGCCGGUCUCCACAUCGGAUCUACCAUUCUAAACGACCUCCAAGCCACUGACAGUGUCCGCAAAAAUGCAGUCACACUCUCACUCAUUGACCUGGCGGAGUGGAAUCUCCCCAUGUAUAACGAACCAGGCAUCCCCUCUCAGGUCCAUUCCUCAGACCAAUAUCUCCAUCCGCAUACGCGGAGAUGGUCCGAAGAGGUCGCUUCCUAUGCAGCGUUUGUGUUCGUGACUCCGCAGUACAACUGGGGGUAUCCCGCUAGUGUCAAGAAUGCGAUUGACUACCUGUACCAUGAAUGGAAGGGUAAGCCCGCCAUGAUUGUUAGUUAUGGUGGACAUGGGGGCGGGAAGGCGGCAGAGCAGUUGAAGCAGGUGUUGUGUGGUGUUCGGAUGAGGCCGGUUGAGCGGACGGUUGGAUUGACCUUUCCCAGUAAAGAUGUCUUGAUGGUUGCGGCGGAGGGGCGGGAAUUGGAUCUGUCAUUUUGGGAAGGGGAGAGGAGAGAAGUAGUCGAGGUUUUUGGGGAGAUGGUGAAGUUGCUGGAUGAAGCUUGA